AUGAAUGAGGAUAAGUUUCGACGUGCUGCCGGCGAGGUGGCUGACUUUAUCGUGGACUAUCUGAAGGGCGUCAAGGACCGUCCCGUGCUACCCUCCGUGGAGCCAGGCUACCUGCACAAACUGUUACCUGCGAACGCGCCCCAGCAACCCGAGGCGUGGCAGGACAUCAUGACGGAUAUACAAGACAAGAUCCUGCCGGGGAUGACCCACUGGCAGCAUCCUCAUUUCCACGCCUACUUCCCGACCGGGAGCUCUUACCCCUCGAUGCUGGGCGAGUUUCUAUCUGCCGGCUUGGGCUGCGUCAGUUUCACCUGGCUCACCGGCCCAGCUAUAACGGAACUGGAGACGGUCAUGAUUGACUGGUUGGGGCGCAUGAUGGGUCUACCCAAGGAACUGCUGCCGUACACCGAGGGGGGUAAAGGGGGAGGGGUCAUCCAGACUUCAUCCAGUGAGUGUGUCCUCGUGUGCAUGCUUGCAGCCAGAAACAAAACCAUCACAGCCUUGAAGGAGACACAACCAGACGUGGAGGACUGCAUCUUGGUGUCCAAACUCGUGGCAUAUUUCUCAGAAGAGGCUCAUUCUGCAGUGGAGAAGGCGGCCCGGAUUUGCCUCGUGAAGACACGUGUUUUGUCGACCGACGAAAAGUUUUCUCUGCGUGCCGAGACGCUGCGUGAAGCUGUGGAGAAGGAUAUAGCCAGCGGAUUGAUUCCAUUCUUUGCGUGUGCAACCCUCGGGACAGUAGGCAGUUCAGCAGUUGACGAUAUUGGCGGGAUCGGACGAGUCUGCGCAGAGAAGGACCUAUGGCUUCACGUAGACGGCGCCUACGGUGGUAACGCACUCAUCUGCCCGGAGUACAGAUAUCUACUCAACGGAUUCCAGUGCGUGUCGUCAUUCAACAGCAACCCUGCUAAGUGGAUGCGGAUGGGUGCGGACGGUACGAUCAUGUGGGUGAGAGAUAAGAACUUGUUAAUAGAUGCUCUCUCCAUCGACCGCAUCUACUACCUGGAAGAUGAUGAGGAACAACACAGGAUUGAUUACAGGAACUGGUCCAUCCCCCUGGGUCGGCGGUUUCGAUCACUGAAACUCUGGUUCGUCAUCAGGAUGCACGGCGUAGAGGGUCUACAAUCAGCGAUACGAUCGCACGUGGCCUUGGCCAAGAUGUUCGAGUCUUGGGUGCGUGCGGACGACAGGUUCGAGGUUGUCGGCACUGUGGAGUUCGGCCUCGUGUGCUUCAGGCUCAAGGGGGAGAACACUUUGACAGAAGUCCUGCUGCAACAGAUCAACGAGUCUGGCAAGGCCCACAUGGUUCCCGCCUCUCUCAAAGAGAAAUACGUCAUCCGCUUCACCCCUUCCAACUGGCACUACUCCGAGGAGAUCACCAAGAAAACCUGGGACAUCAUCACAUGCUUCGCCGAGGUCGUGCUUCGCGAAAGCCGGGGAGAUGGGCAGGGAUUGCAGGGGCGAGAGUCGGCAGACUCCGGGGAAGUCUUGGGAAGAGAGGAGGGCGUCCUGGAGACUUCUUAACAUCCAUGAAAAUACUGUCAAACCUGCCACUCUGGCCACCUUGAUAAAGAGGCUACUUGCUCAGUCUGGCCACCAUUGGUUGGACCCGACAACAGUACAUGUAUUAUAUAACCUUUCCACUGUGGCCACCUGCUCAAAGUGGCCACAUUCCACCGGUCCCUUGGGUGGCCAUUGUAGCCAGGUUUGACUGUACAACGGCGAAUCCUGACGAUCGUUGGGAGACAGUAAGAAGGAUCCUUACAUUCCCUCAGCCGAGGACAGGCAGCAGAUUAGCACAAUUAUGUACAUCGUAUAAAAUGUUCUUACCGAUCAUUGCAUCUAUUUUUGAGUAGUGUUUUUAUAUACGAGUUUGUCUUCCUGGCCGUGUUUAAAAAUAUAGUCCAUCAUUUGUAAUUUGUA